CGUCACACUUCCAUUCCGGAAGUGUGACUUAGGUUUUUGGUCAUUACAACUUGAGAAGCAUCAGAGGACUGAUCGAAAGCUUGUUGGUAAGCGCUUUAUUUUGUGCACGGAUAUAGUGUUAAAAUUGUAACAUAAUGUUUACUACCGUCACAGAUGAACUUACAUUCAAUAUUUAAGAAAUAUUAAGUUUUCAGAUUUCCUUGGCACAUUUCAUGCAACAAAUCAAUAUUUAGCAUGGUCCAUGAUUAGCAAAGCCCCCAUUUUGAUUAAUUGUGUACGUAUUAUACAAUAUAACCACGUAUUGUCACUGAAAUUUGAUGCCCAUCGUUUAUUUGUCGGGAGAGUGAAAAUUUGUCAACGGGAAGUGUUGCCAUUUUUUUUUCAAAUUGGGAAAAAAGGACAGAAUCCGAGAAGCAAGAAAUAAAAUUGGUGUGGCUUUAGCUGCUUUCUUCAUGUCCACAGGCUCAGGACAUGCUAGAAAUAGCCGGAGCCAAACCUCUGCUUGGAGAGUAACGCUAGGUAUGAAUCAGAAGAAGGCAACGACCUCCUUCAACCUCGGCAUGGAGGGUAGGUUACAUUAAGAUUUUAAAGUACGUUUUAUAUUGCUUUUUCGUAAAAGAAGAAAAUAACAUUUCCCUAGCAAGAAAAUCGAGAGAUCCGCCGUUUAGCCUGGUUGCAAGGUUGGAGCAAGUUGUUUAAGCUCAUUGGUCGAAUGUAGUCGUUGACAGACUCGAUGUGCCUGGAGACGUGUCCCAUCGAUAUCCAGAGGACUGAGAAGUUGCAGUGUUAAGUUUAGAUCCACUUGAUGUAAUGGCAGCCAGCUUCGAGUUUUAUUUCCUGUCUUGUUAUAUUUGACCAGUCGUUAAAGAUUAUCAAAUCGUUAUCAAAGACGUAAACAUAUCACAAUCAUUGCGCACUAGAUGUGAUAUACACAAGUGUCGCUUCUAUUGGCGGCCAGGGCAUUACUAUUACCAAGGAGGCUCUUUUCAACCUCCUUGAUAUUACAUAACUAUUACACAGGUUCCUCACGCGGUGCCUAGGGAAUUAAUUGUUUAUACGACCUUAUUUUAGGACCAGUGCCAAUUUUUAUGUUCAGGCCUUGUACACAGCCAAGUGUCAAGUCUACAGUUGACGUUCCCGCCCACCUUUGUGUUUGCUGUUUUCAUGGCCCGUCGACAUGCCUGCACCUCUAUAGCAACACGUUACGCACAAGGUCUUGAAUGAGGUGAACUUCGGCCCAAUGUGUUUUAUAGCCCUGUGUACCUACAGCAUUGCAGUUUUCGCACAGCGUCUACCACUAAGUGUGCCAUGAAGUCUCCAUCGAUUUAGCAUACCUGUCCCCAUUGAUUUAGAAUACCUGCCAGUAUUACACCCGACAUAGGGCCAUAUACGUAUGCGCAACCGUUGCGUUGGACGUUAGAUAUGCUUUCCAAGUACGAUAAGAGCGGUUUAUUGACAUUCCGUCGCACCUUAUUACUACAAUAUAUUUCCGGGUUCACACAAGCUUAAGGCCACGCACUUCAGUCAGAGUUUGGGCGUAAAUGAUUGGACGUACUACUGAUAUUUAGUACACGCAUUCGACGUUUGAACACUACUGUGCCGACUGAGAUGUCGUACAAAGAGACGGAGAGGGACGCCCUGAGCGAAUGUCUGCACACAGAAGGCGUCACGGAAGGCCCGCCACCACUGUCUGACGAGGAUUUACGUCUCGCUGCUACAUACGUGAAUGACGCUCGGAAUGGAAGUCGUGGGAACUUCAAGAACGAUCCCAAAUCUGUGAGGUUGUACAAUCUGUAUAACAGACCAACCUUCUUCUGGACAUCUCACAUUGCUGUCGGCGUCUUGCUGUCCCUUGUACUAUUCGAAGAUCCGGCUGUUCCGAAUAUCAGACUGGAUUAUUGGAUCACCAUGUGCGUGGAGCUGUUCUGCGUCUGCCUCAUCUUCAGCAGGAUGGCCCACCAGGGGCUCUUCUCGUCCGAACAGAACUUCUGGAGAAGCAAACGGCGACUUCCCGUCCUCGUCAUCUUACUGCUGACGUUAGUAGACAUGGUGCAGUACGUGAUCCUUCGUCAAAUCGGGGUGACGUCUGUCCGAUUCUCAAGACCUCUUCGACCUCUGCUGCUUCUCUGCAUGGAUAGAGCAAAACAGCUGCGCGCGGUGUUCAAGAACAUCCUGCUGACGCUUCCGGACAUCAUCACUGUCCUGACACUCUUCCUGCUCAGCGUCGCCUUCUUCGCCCUGAUGGCGCUCAAGAUAUUCCAGAACAGACAAGAUCUUGUGUACUACAGCGAUGGUCAUCCCUACAUGCAUAACUACCUGGACAACUUUUUCCAACUUUACGUGCUUGUCACAACUGCCAACUUUCCAGACGUCAUGAUGCCUGCGUUCGACUACAACCCCUGGUUUACACUGUUCUUCAUCAUCUACCUCAUCAUAUGUCUGUAUCUCUUCAUGAGCAUCUGUCUGGCCACCAUCUACAACAACUUCAAGGAGCAUCUUAAGGAGUACGUCGAAGACUCGGUUCGAGAAAAGCAGAACAACCUCCAGCUGGCGUUCGACAUCCUGAAAGUUGAAACGCGACAGGGAGGAGAACUUCUCCCCAAAAGCCGCUGGAUGUCACUGAUGAGGGCGGUCAAACCCAGUCGGCUGGACAUAGAACACUCUCUUCUCUGGGACGUCCUGGCUAACGAUCAUGCUGGAUACAUUAGUGAGUCAUGCAUGGAAAAUUUGAGCACGUCAAAAUGCUGCUCUAAAGAUAUGGUGACACAAAUAUCCUCUGGCUAGCAUAUCCAAGCAUGCUUCUCUGCGCGAGGAACGACGGUGUUGAUAAACUAAGUUAUGAUAUACUGUGCUGAUAUUUUGCUGCAGACAACAAGAUAUGUUUGAAGAUUGAAUAUGUGU